AUUGCAGCUCCAACAAGCCAUGAUGAACAGGGUUUUGAGCACUGGAAUCCAUUUGUUGUUAGGCACGUUUGUCGAAGAGUGCAGGGGAUGGGAUAAGGGGUAAAAAUUCGGUAUUUUGGAAGUUUAGACGUGUAAUAGUAUCGUAGGUCUGCUGCAUGAAAAGUUCGGUCAAAAGUUUAUUUGCAAGAACCUUAUUUAUCACCAACGCUGUACCCGAUGGAGGAGUUUCAAGCAUGGCUCACAAACAAGUUAUUGUCACUGGAAUCAGAUGACAGUGUUAUCACUGAUUACAUAAAUGGGAUACUUACGGGAGAUGAAUCUCAACCAGAAAAAGAGGAAGCAUUGCAGGGAAUACUGUGUGGAAUUAUGGAGUCAGGAGUGGAAGAGUUUUGCCAAGAAAUAUUUGCUAAAUGGAAUGAGUGCAAUUCAACAAGUGCUAAGAAUCAAGAAAAUGGUGCUGCACAGAAGGUUGACAUUGAAGAUCAACUGUCCAAGAUCAUGGAGCAGCAGAAUCUAUCUGCAACUGUCACAGAGAAGCCCAAGGUGUCCAAUGCGGAUAAAAAGCUAAAGGAAGCUAUUCUCCAGCAAUAUGCUGAGGUGUCUGACCAUGAGGAAGACGAGGAGGGCGGGGGCGAAGAGCAGCUGGAGGCGGGUAAAAACACCAACCGCGACGAGGUCACCCGCGAGGAGCAGGAGCGGCGAGAGAGGAUGAAGGCCGAGGCGGCCGCCAAACGCGAGAAGGACAAGCUGGACAGGGAGAAGCAGAAACAGCAGCAGGCCGAGCGAAAGGAUAAGGAGAAAAAGCGCACCGCUAAAACGGAGAAGCGCAGAUAGCACGGCCACGACAGUGUGGUGGAUGUAGGGAGUUCGACAUGCGCUGUGUGUGCUGGGCCCCCGCAAAAGUGAUCUGGUAUAUGUAGAGUCUGACGGGAUUGUUCUGGCUAUGUUGGUCUGUCACGCAGUGUGUUUAUGCGUGGUGAUACUCCUGGACUGGUGCCAUCCGGUGCCGUCCGUGUGCGUUUGUGUGUGCGUGCUGACUGAGCGGGUCAGUGCGCGGGGUAGGGCGGCGCGGAACUGGGCAGAUUUGACACGCCUGCAGAUAUUGUAUCCGACCCGCGGUAGUGCUUAUUACGCUGAGCACAGUCCGUCACUGCCCAGCGGCUCGUGUGUUUUGUCACUGCUUCGAACGGCGCGCAUUGGCUCGGCGAGUCGUGCCUGGCAAUAUGAACCGCUGUAACA